AUCUCUGCAUAAGAAUGAGGGUGUCCUGAGCUUUGUGGGAGAGCCUUUGUUGCUAACAGGCGCCUCUCCUCGCCGCGCCUUUAAUUGCCUGUAACAGCUUCACGGGCCAUGUAGUGGAGGCUGUGGAAACGUGCGUCAAGUGCUCGGGUUGGAAGGCCAUUUUACUACCUGUGGCGGAAGCUGAGGUUUGUGGAUUUGGCGAAGGUGCAUCUUUGAAGGAACGCGGUUGCCUCUCCAGCCACACACAUCCACACACAGCCACAAACAUCCACAAUGAGGACCGCACGCAGCCACUACGUUCUCGGACUAACGCUGUUCGCUCUCCUGAUGAUGAGGCACUGUGCCACGCGACACGUCGGUCCGCGGGACGAGGAAAUUAAGAAACAUCUCAGUAAUAUCUCGAAGCUCAUUGAUGUUUUGUUGGAUGUGACAAAUUGCACAGACUACGUCACAAUACCCGAAGAUGGAAGCGAGGAGACCCCGGUGGCUACUCCCUUGUCACCCCCUCCCGACCCCACUUCCCUCUCCUCUUCCUCUUCCCCCUCCCCUCCGCUGGAUUCCUCCUCCCCCUCCCCCUCCAUAGCUGAAGACCCCUCCUCAUCCACCCCCUCUUCUCCCCUCUCCUCGACCCCUUCCCCCGCUCAAGGUAUAUCCUCCCCCUCUCCCGACCUCUCUCCUGACUCGUCUUCCACCCUCUCCCCAGACACCUCCACUCCCUCCCCUGACUCCUCCCCCUCUCCUGACGCCCCCACCUCCACUCCUGACUCCUCCUCCACCUCCUCCCCUGAUACCUCGUCCUCCACCCCUGCCCCCUCCCAAGACACCUCCUCCACCCCCUCCCCUGAUUCCUCCACCCCCUCCCCUGAUUCCUCCACCCCCUCCCCUGAUUCCUCCCCCCCUUCCCCUGACACCUCUUCCACCCCCUCCCCUGACGCCUCCUCCACCCCUGCACCCUCCCUCCCUCCCCCCUCCCCGACCCCGCCGAGGGACUGUGAAUACUCCGACUUCACUCCGAGUCACACGGCUCUCCUCCCCGAGAGACCCGAGUGUCAGAUACACAAGGACGACCUGUCCGAGGAGGAGAAGGUGCAGAUCCUCCAACUCCACAACGAGCUGAGGGCAAAGGUGGCUCGCGGGGAGGAGCUGCAAGGAGCGCCUGGACCCCAACCACCUGCGGCCGAUAUGCGCGAGCUCAUUUGGAACGAUGAAUUGGCACUGGUGGCGCAGGCGUGGGCGUCCCAAUGCCCCCAUGGCCACGACGACUACCCACAGCGACGGAUCUGUACCCGUGACUACGAGGUUGGCCAGAACAUUCACUAUUACUGGGGUUACGCCCCUGAAUCGGACUGGGCCCGCGCAGUGAACUCCUGGUACAACGAGGUGGUCGACAUGCCCAAGGAUGUAGCCGCUGCCUUCAAGAAACAGCCAGCAGUGGAAAUCGGCCACUAUACCCAGGUCGUCUGGGGUUCCACGCGCGAGGUGGGUUGUGGUAUCAUCUACUACUUGGCGGAAAAAAACGGCAAGGUGUUCCCGGCGAGUAAAACUUACGUGUGCAACUACGGAGGAAGCGGGAAUAUCAGAAACCGGCCUUUGUAUAUGGAGGGCCCCGCCGCUUCUGCCUGUCCCAAUGGAACGUCGUUAACAUACCCUGAUCUGUGUCUGUAGUCUAGUGCUUUUUUUUCGUUUUUUUUUUCUUCUUUUCUAAUGUGUUUUUCUUUCUUUGUCUUGGAUAUCGUUCUGGUUUGCUUUUGAGAUCGUUUUCUCUUUCUCUUUCUCUCUCUUGCUCUCUUUCUCUCUGUCUCUCUCCCUUGCUCUCUCUCUCUCUCUCUCUCUCUCUCUCUCUUGCUCUCUUUCUCUCUUUCUCUCUUUCUCUCUUUCUCUCU